AGGUGACGUCACACGCAGGCACUCCCUUUCCCCAGUGGAGGGAGAAAGAUGGCGCCCACUCACGUAUUGAGAUGCUGUCAACGGGGCUUAGCAUGGAUACCUGUGAUUUUCAUCGCGUUGGUCGUCUGCUGGUCCUAUUAUGCCUACGUGGUGGAGCUUUGUAUAUUCACCAUCACUAGUAUAGGAAAACAGGUUGUAUACCUCAUCUUCUUCCAUCUCUCCUUCAUCAUGUUUGUGUGGUCUUAUUGGAAGACCAUCUUCACAACGCCUGCCAACCCUUCCAAAGAGUUCUGCUUGGCUAAGGCUGAGAAGGAGCGCUAUGAGAAGGAAGAGCGGCCAGAAUCCCAGCAAGAGAUUCUGUGGCGAGCUGCCGCCAGCUUGCCACUUUACACCCGCACUGGAUCCGGAGCAAUUCGUUACUGUGACCGCUGUCAAGUUAUCAAGCCUGACCGUUGUCAUCACUGCUCCGCGUGCGACAUGUGUGUGCUGAAGAUGGACCACCAUUGUCCCUGGGUGAACAACUGCGUGGGGUUCUCCAAUUACAAGUUCUUCAUCCUCUUCUUGGCCUACUCGCUGCUUUACUGCUUGUUCAUCGCAGCCACCGUGCUGCAGUAUUUCAUCAAGUUCUGGACCCUUUGCCGGAGAAAAUCGGCUGAGAACUGCCCAAAGAAUGACCUGCAAGAGACCCACUCACACGCCAAAUUCCAUGUCUUGUUUCUCUUUUUUGUGGCGGCCAUGUUCUGCAUCAGUAUUCUCUCCCUCUUCAGUUACCACCUGUGGCUCGUCGGAAAGAACCGGUCCACCAUAGAGGCGUUCCGAGCGCCCGUCUUCAGGACCGGUUCCGACAAGAAUGGCUUUUCAUUGGGGUUCCGGAAAAAUAUCUCUCAGGUGUUUGGAGACCAGAAGAAGUACUGGCUACUGCCAGUCUUCACCAGCCAAGGAGACGGUCUGACAUUCCCCACACGGCUCGUCAACGCUGACGUUGAGCAGCCGACAGCCGCCUUGCACCCAGAGCCGAAUAAAAGUGAAGUGACGGUGAGCCCACUCAGCGAGUCACAGAACCGCCUCCUGAGCAACGAGCAGAACACCAACAGUGUGGUACACCAUGUGGCAAAUAAUCCCAUCAAGUCAGCCCCAAGUGAGAGCACCACCGUCUCCAUGGAAAGUGAAUCCUAACCAGGUGAUUUGUUGUGCUCACGUGUAGCGGCCAGUUACGUUGCGGGCUUUAAAGCCAGAGCAAGCGUAACAAUCAAUCUUCCAAUUGAACUCCACCUGAUUGGCUAUUGCGUCCUCCCCCGCCAUAGGAGUGACUCCUCAAUCAUCCAGUCUGAUGCCUUAAACCGUGCGACACUUUCGCUCAUCACCAUGGUAACGGCCUCUCGGUGUUAUCUCAGAGUAACUAUGGAAAUGCUUUCCUUUUGCCUGUCACAGCACAGUGUUGCGUUCAUGGCAGUGGCGUUUUUCCGCAUGCAGCAACACCAGCUGUGUGUGUGUCUGUGUGCGUGCGUACGUGCGUGCGCGCACACAGACACGCACGUACAUGCGCACACACGAUACACACUCAUUUAUUUAAUUGCUACACUUGUCUGUCUCGUUGGACUAUUUCGGUGUCUUUUUCUGGAAUAUUUAUUCCGAUUGAGGAAAUUCUGCACAGGAGUUUUGAGCUGUUUUUUUAAUUUUAUUUUUUUGGGUGCCAAAAGCUACCUGGAUCCACAUUAGAUGGUCUCAUCGACACAAAGUUACAGUCAAAAGUGGAAGCAAAACUGGACAUUACCUUAUUAUUUUUUUUCAAUGAAGAAUCCAAUGACCGGACUAUUGUUUUUCUUCCUUAGACUGCAUUCUUGGAAAAUUAUUGUUAUUUUUUGGAAACAUGAAAGAUUUCCCAGCACAGAUGUCCCAGAAGCCCGGAGUCAGUGGACUGUUUUUGUAUGAGCACAACAUGGUGCAUUUGCACUGGUGCGACAUUGAUGUACAUUAACCAGUGCUGCUUGUUCGCCGAUUGGCAAAGCAACACGAGUUGAGUGAAUUCUCAAGGGUGUGCAUGUGUGUGUGUGUGUCUGUGUUUUGACGAUGUGCAGCCUUUACUUGGUGUUUUUAUGCAUUUGCUCAUCCAGAAUUCGUCCUUUGUGCUCUGUUAUCACUGCAGUGCUCGACAAAUUCAACAUUAAUUGCCAAAAUAAGGGCUGCACCAGCAGGAGCUCAGACUUCUGAACCUAAAGUGUUUACAGCACCCUUAGCGUUACCUUUACCUCUGUGGGUCAAACCGCAUUCAGAAUCAUGGCGCUUUUUUUUUUCAA